GAGGUGGCCGCAGCGUCUCGGCGCGCGGCCCAAGCCCGUCAGGAGCGCGGAACCGCCGCCUCGGCCAUGCGGCUCCCGGCCCGGGGGCCUGGGCUGGGGCCCGCGCCGCCCCCCGCGCACCGCCCCCGCUGAGCCUGCGCCCGACCCGGGGCGCCUCCCGCCCGGCACCAUGGUGCAGAAGUCGCGCAACGGCGGCGUGUACCCCGGCCCGAGCGGGGAGAAGAAGCUGAAGGUGGGCUUCGUGGGGCUGGACCCCGGCGCGCCCGACUCCACCCGGGACGGGGCGCUGCUGAUCGCCGGCUCCGAGGCCCCCAAGCGCGGCAGCAUCCUCAGCAAACCUCGCGCGGGCGGCGCGGGCGCCGGGAAGCCCCCCAAGCGCAACGCCUUCUACCGCAAGCUGCAGAAUUUCCUCUACAACGUGCUGGAGCGGCCGCGCGGCUGGGCGUUCAUCUACCACGCCUACGUGUUCCUCCUGGUUUUCUCCUGCCUCGUGCUGUCUGUGUUUUCCACCAUCAAGGAGUAUGAGAAGAGCUCCGAGGGGGCCCUCUACAUCCUGGAAAUCGUGACGAUCGUGGUGUUUGGCGUGGAGUACUUCGUGCGGAUCUGGGCCGCAGGCUGCUGCUGCCGGUAUCGUGGCUGGAGGGGGCGGCUCAAGUUUGCCCGGAAGCCGUUCUGUGUGAUUGACAUCAUGGUGCUCAUCGCCUCCAUCGCGGUGCUGGCCGCCGGCUCCCAGGGCAAUGUCUUUGCCACGUCCGCGCUGCGGAGCCUGCGCUUCCUGCAGAUUCUACGGAUGAUCCGCAUGGACCGGCGGGGAGGCACCUGGAAGCUACUGGGCUCUGUGGUCUAUGCCCACAGCAAGGAGCUGGUCACCGCCUGGUACAUCGGCUUCCUCUGUCUCAUCCUGGCCUCGUUCCUGGUGUACUUGGCAGAGAAGGGGGAGAACGACCACUUUGACACCUACGCGGAUGCACUCUGGUGGGGCCUGAUCACACUGACCACCAUUGGCUACGGGGACAAGUACCCCCAGACCUGGAACGGCCGGCUCCUGGCGGCAACCUUCACCCUCAUCGGCGUCUCCUUCUUCGCGCUUCCUGCAGGCAUCUUGGGGUCUGGCUUUGCCCUGAAGGUUCAGGAGCAGCACCGGCAGAAGCACUUUGAGAAGAGGCGGAACCCGGCCGCAGGCUUGAUCCAGUCGGCCUGGAGAUUCUACGCCACCAACCUCUCGCGCACAGACCUGCACUCCACGUGGCAGUACUACGAGCGCACGGUCACCGUGCCCAUGUACAGUUCGCAAACUCAAACCUACGGGGCCUCCAGACUCAUCCCCCCGUUGAACCAGCUGGAGCUGCUGAGGAACCUCAAGAGUAAAUCUGGACUUGCUUUCAGGAAGGACCCCCCGCCGGAGCCAUCUCCAAGCCAGAAGGUCAGUUUGAAAGAUCGUGUCUUCUCCAGCCCCCGAGGCGUAGCUGCCAAGGGGAAGGGGUCCCCGCAGGCCCAGACAGUGCGGCGGUCGCCCAGCGCCGACCAGAGCCUCGAGGACAGCCCCAGCAAGGUGCCCAAGAGCUGGAGCUUUGGGGACCGCAGCCGGGCGCGCCAGGCUUUCCGCAUCAAGGGCGCUGCGUCACGGCAGAACUCGGAAGAAGCAAGCCUCCCUGGAGAGGACAUUGUGGAUGACAAGAGCUGCCCCUGCGAGUUUGUGACUGAGGACCUGACCCCGGGCCUCAAAGUCAGCAUCAGAGCCGUGUGUGUCAUGCGGUUCCUGGUGUCCAAGCGGAAGUUCAAGGAGAGCCUGCGGCCCUACGACGUGAUGGACGUCAUCGAGCAGUACUCCGCCGGCCACCUGGACAUGCUGUCCCGAAUUAAGAGCCUGCAGUCCAGAGUGGACCAGAUUGUGGGGCGGGGCCCAGCGAUCACAGACAAGGACCGCACCAAGGGCCCGGCCGAGGCGGAGCUGCCUGAGGACCCCAGCAUGAUGGGACGGCUCGGGAAGGUGGAGAAGCAGGUCUUGUCCAUGGAGAAAAAGCUGGACUUCCUGGUGAACAUCUACAUGCAGCGGAUGGGCAUCCCCCCGACAGAGACUGAGGCCUACUUUGGGGCCAAAGAGCCAGAGCCGGCACCUCCGUACCACAGCCCGGAAGACAGCCGGGAGCACGUCGACAGGCACGGCUGCAUCGUCAAGAUUGUGCGCUCCAGCAGCUCCACGGGCCAGAAGAACUUCUCGGCGCCCCCGGCUGCGCCCCCUGUCCAGUGUCCGCCCUCCACCUCCUGGCAGCCACAGAGCCACCCGCGCCAGGGCCACGGCACCUCCCCCGUGGGGGACCCUGGCUCCCUGGUGCGCAUCCCGCCGCCGCCUGCCCACGAGCGGUCACUGUCCGCCUACGGCGGGGGCAACCGCGCCAGCACGGAGUUCCUGCGGCAGGAGGACGCCCCGGGCUGCAGGCCCCCCGAGGGGACUCUGCGGGACAGCGACACGUCCAUCUCCAUCCCGUCCGUGGACCACGAGGAGCUGGAGCGUUCCUUCAGCGGCUUCAGCAUCUCCCAGUCCAAGGAGAACCUGGAUGCUCUCAACAGCUGCUACGCGGCCGUGGCGCCUUGUGCCAAAGUCAGGCCCUACAUCGCGGAGGGAGAGUCAGACACCGACUCCGACCUCUGUACCCCCUGCGGGCCCCCGCCACGCUCGGCCACCGGCGAGGGCCCCUUUGGUGACGUGGGCUGGGCCGGGCCCAGGAAGUGAGGCAGCGCUGGGCCAGUGGACCCGUCCGCGGCCCUCCUCAGCACGGUGCCUCCGAGGUUUUGAGGCAGGAACCCUCUGGGGCCCUUUUCUUACAGUAACUGAGUGUGGCGGGAAGGGUGGGCCCUGGAGGGGCCCAUGUGGGCUGAAGGACGGGGCUCCUGGCAGUGACCUUUUACAAAAGUGAUUUUCCCACAGGGGCUGGAGGGCUGGGCAGGGCCCUGUGGCUCCAGGAGCAGCGUGCAGCAGUAAGGCCGCCCUGUCCAUUCUGCUCAGGGCUGUGGCAGACAUCAGCCUGGUGUGAGGAGGGGCGGGAGUGAUGACGGGGUGUGGCUGGUAUGGCGACGGGCGGGGGAUGGUCUCAGGGAGCCGAGCCCAGGGGAGGCACGAGGGGCAGGCCUGUUCCAUGAGGACCUGUG